AGAUAAAAUAAGAUAAGAUAAGAUAAGUUAAAAUAAGAUAAGAUAAGAUACAGCAGAAAAGGGGAAAGUAAUAAAUAAGUGAACAUGUAAAAUUAACCUAAAUAUAAAAUGAGGAGAAUUCUUUGGUUUCUUUCUGAGGAUUCAGUUUCUUCUUGUCACUGACACAUGAGGAGUUGUAGUAACCUGGGACACCAGCAGAGGACGCUGUCAGCUCCUCCUGCCACAGACAGCUCCCGAGGAGCCACUGCCAGUGUCCAGAGAGACGAGGAGGACGGAGGAUCUGUGAAAGGAUCAUUUAGAGGUUCUGUAGGAUCUGGAUCUUCUGGAGGAUCAUGUCUCGCAGGAGGAUGGAAACUAAACCAGUGAUUUUAUGUGUGAAGACGCUGCUGCUGCUCUACUCCUUCGUCUUCUGGGUGACAGGUGUGGUGCUGCUGUCGCUGGGGUUAUGGUGGAAGUUCAUGUUGGGCCCCUACACGUUACUGAUCUCCAGUGGCCCCUCCCACACUCCCUACGUCCUCGCCGGCACUGGCGGUGCCAUCGUGCUGUUUGGACUGUUCGGCUGCUUCGCCACCUGCAGGGGGCGCCCCUGGAUGUUAAAACUGUACGCUGUGUUCCUGUGUCUGGUCUUCAUGACGGAACUCAUCGCUGGAAUCUCCGGGUUCAUCUUUCGUCACGAGAUCAAAGGGACUUUCCUCACCACGUACAGCGACGCCGUGAUGAACUACGACGGACGAGACGACAGGAGUCUGGCUGUGGACGGUGUCCAACGUAGAUUACAUUGCUGUGGAGUUUAUAACUACACCACCUGGUUCAGCAGCGUCUAUUUCCCUGUCAGCGGGAUUCCUGCCAGCUGCUGCGUUAGUUUCUCUGACUGCAGAGGAGACGACCUGAAGAACGCAACGCUGGCCUCACGUAAAGUCUACAAACAGGGUUGUUAUGAGUUGGUGACGUCGUUCAUCGAGAGCAACUUGGGAAUCAUCGCAGGCGUCACGUUCGGAGUCGCCUUCUCUCAGUUGCUCGGGGUGUCUCUGGCCUGUUGUCUGUCUCGAUUCAUCAACGCCAACCAGUACGAGAUGGUUUAACAGUGAAACGACUGUUUCGUCACCAUGGAGACCUGAGGAAACACACACCACUUCCUGGAAGCUGAUUGGUUGUCUGUGGCCCUUUGUGUGAUGUGGACGUUCAGGUUGAGAAAUAAUCAAUAAUCAAUAUUAACUGUAGAGUGAAGUCAUGGUGCCACCAGGGGGCGCCAACCUGAACCCUGUCCUGUACUUGUGAACCAGAACAACAAUGAACUGUGAAGUCUGUGAGGGGCCCGAUGUUCACCUGGACCCCUGAAAACAUGUCUACAGCCCUGCUGCUUCAUUUUUCAUUUACCUUUUAUUAACACUUUUAUUUAUAUUUUAUUUACGUGGUUAUUUCUCUGUUGUGAAAUAAAAAGCAAUGUGAUGAUGACACUUUGUGAAACGACAGAAAAUAAACACGGAAACAAUCGGAUGAAA